AUGCGCUGGAACGCUCGAGUGGCAUUAUGUGCUAGCCUGUCCCUCCUCAUACCCCUCUACCUCCUGAAAGUCCACCUCGAGGACCUGUGCGAUCAAUACCACGCCGGCGCAUAUAUGAUCGACUGGCUAGACCUGGGACCACCAACGCGCGGAAGGCCCCAUUUCCACAACGUCGCACAAGGAGACAAGGUGAUCGUGAUGGCGAAGCUCGAAGAAGAACACACGGAAUGGGUUGAGCAAGAACUGCCCGACUGGCAACGAGCCAUCUACACCGUCAACCCCUCCAGCGCCACCGCAGCCGAUACCCAACAGCUCAAAACCCCCUUGAACAAAGGCCACGAGUCCAUGGCCUACCUGACCUACCUGAUCGACCACUAUGAUGUUCUCCCUUCCACAAUCGCCUUCCUCCACUCCCACCGCGCCGGCUUCCUCAUGGCAUGGCACGUCGACGCCCCAUUACACGAUAACGUCUUCGCAAUGCGAUCCCUCCAAACAGACUUCGUCCAGCAGAACGGCUACGUCAACCUCCGCUGCAAUUGGAACCCCGGCUGCAAGGCCGGCCAUCGCACAAACCGGCAUGUCACCGAACAGGCUUUCAUGGAGAUCUUCGAGGGCACCAGUACCCCGCCUCUCAAUACAACAGAUAUCUCCACAAUGCAGAGCCCUGCUCAGUCGCCCGACGAUCAGAAGUUCCUACAAAUGCCCACCCAUGUCGCUGCGGCAUGCUGUGCGCAGUUCGCUGUGUCGCGCGACCAGGUCCACAGACGCCCGCGCGACGAUUACGUGAAGAUUCGUCAGUGGGUCAUAGAUACCGACAAGGAUGACGCGAGUAGUGGGCGGGUGAUGGAGUUUCUGUGGCAUGUCAUUUUCGGCAGGGAAUCUAUCUACUGCCCCGACGAAGAAGUCUGCUACUGUCAGGUUUACGGGAAAUGCUGAUAACGAACCGACUGCUUCCACUACCUCCAUACCUACCUACCUACCUACCUACCUACCUACCCACCUACCCACCUAUCCACCACCUUCCCAGCGCACCUACUACUUCUACUCUGUACAUACAUACAUACACACAUACAUCCCCUCCAGCGACCCUCUUUUCCCUCUUCCCCCUCCCCUUCCCCUCCCAAUACCUCUCUUUCCCUUCCAGGCAGUACCUUUCCAGCAUUUCCUUCCUUCCUCAAAACAUAGACACCAGCAAGGCGUUGGCGUUAUCACGGGGCAAUAUCGGUUAACAUCAUCCUUCUCUUUUUUUUUUUAAGCGAUCCAACUGUUUCAUACUAUGACCAAAUGGCCAGUUGAUCUCCUCAGCCAGGAGCAGAGCAGG